CACGACACGCAGACACCCAUCACCCCCCCCCGCGCCGCGCAAACCGAGAUCCUACCCAAAACCCGAAAGCGGUCACCCCGGAGAGACGGAGAGAACAGGACAGCAACUUUACCGAGUCCUAAUGGAUCCUUUAAGGAUAAACACACAGCCCCGUCCCCAAGAUAACUUCACGCUUGGAAGCGCGAGCAAUCCCAGGAAAUUCAAGAACCAGGACUUCGAGGCGCUGCGCGAAUACCACCUGAGGAAAGGUCUGCUGUUCGAGGAUGAGCUCUUUCCGGCGAACAUGAAAAGCAUCGGCCCCAAACUGGAGCAGCAGUUCCAGGCCAGAACUCUAGAAUGGAGAAGACCAAAACUCGCGGAUCGCCCACAAUUCAUUGUAGAUGGUUCUUCUUUGUUCGAUAUUUUACAAAGUGAACUAGGUGACUGCUGGGUUCUGUCGGUGCUAGGAGCGCUUACCUUGAAACCCUACCUACUGAAAAAAAUUAUCCCGUCUAACCAGGAGUACGAUAAAAACUAUACCGGAAUCUUCCAUUUCCGGUUCUGGAGUUUCGGGGAAUGGCUGGACGUUGUUGUCGAUGAUAAGCUGCCUUUUGUGGACGGGAGGUAUUUGUCGGUGAAACCAUCUUGUGAGAACGAAUUGUGGCCUUGCCUGGUGGAAAAAGCGUAUGCCAAGCUCCUUGGUUCAUAUGAAAAGUUGCAUUUUGGUAACCCGGCAGAAGCGUUUGUUAACUUUACAGGCGGAUUGGUGUUAACAUUCGAUUUAAAGAGCGAUAUCCAUCAGCCUGAGAUAUUUCAUAUGGUGAACAAUGCAGGUCCAGAAACCCUAAUGACAUGUACCACCAAAAAGAAGGACGGUUCUGAAAGAAACAGGAGUUUGAGUUUGCCAGCACUGUAUGUACACAAUGAUAUCCGGAGGGGCAGCGUACCCAUCAGCAACAUUCCUGAAAGCGUUCACCUGGGCGACGGUCUGGUUGAAAGUCACGCUUAUUCCAUAGUCGGCACAGAACGGGUGAAUUUUAGAAAUGAAGUUGUGAAUUUAGUUCGAAUAUGGAACCCAUGGGGUUAUGGUGAAUGGAUAGGACCCUGGUGUGACAGCUCUCCGCUCUGGAAAGAAGUGAGCGCGGGGGAGAAACUAAGGCUUCACAGAUUAAAGGAAGACGGAGAAUUCUGGAUGUCUUGGGAGGACUUUGUAGAUAAAUUUUCCAAGGUGAUUAUCUGCAGCCGUGCCCCCGAUUUUUUGGACUGGGAUCAUCAGCCUAAACAGUGGUACAAGCAAAAGUUUUGGGGGAUGUGGCCUAAAGGAAUCGGCGUAGGAGAUUAUACUAAUGAAGAUCUCCUUUACACGAAUCCUCAGUACCUACUGAAGGUAAACGGGUCGGACGUGCUGAGAAAAGGUUACAACGUGGCCAUAUCGAUCAUGCAACAUCCGAACAACUGGCAGAGGUUUAGCGGAGAGUGGCCAUCGAUCGACUUUCAGGUUAUCGAGGUGGAUUCUAAGUUCUACGGUUCACGUGAGAAACUGCCAAGUUCUGCUUUUUCUAAAAAAAUACUCUCGGGAUUAAACAGAAACACUCAAAGCAGACGUGAUCUUACAACGAAACUCAGUCUGAACGCCGGAACGUAUGUUAUUAUUCCUUCUAUCGCAAGGACGCCCCUGGAGGCCUCGUUCCUGCUGCAAAUUUUCCUGAAGAGUAGAGACAGCGUCGUUGAACUGGGUUUGUCGUCGGGCUCCGACAUUCAUAAUCCCGGACCGUUACCGGCUAAUUACUUGAGAUACGAAGACCGGUCCUAUGAAACGACGUUCAGGAGAUACGCGUCUCAGGGAAACAAGAUGAAUGUCAAUGAUUUACAUAGAUUUCUCAAUGAAGUCGUUUUGAAAGGUUUCUCUUCUCCAGCCGGUGGCUUCACCAAAGACUCCGGCAGAACAAUGCUGACGUCAAUGGAUCAAAGUGGAAGCGGAUAUCUUACCGCAGAGAGCUUCGGACAAUUAUGGCGUUAUCUGACCCGGUUUAAGGAUAUUUUUGCUGAAAUUGAUGUGAAUCGAUGUGGAUUCCUGGAUUCCUAUGAACUACAGAAAGCGGUGGAGUUUGCAGGACUUUUUGUUACCAAAAGUCGUCUAAAUCAACUAAUCUGUCUGUAUGGGAAUAAUGAGCAGAAAGUACAAUUUGUUGACUUUUUGCUUUGUAUGAUUCGACUAAAGGCAAUUUCCAAUACAAUGAGAAAUUUGUCUACCGAUGCAAAAGGAAUAUAUCUGAGUCAAGAAAAGCUCAUCCAGCUGAUGAUAUGAUAUCGCAGCCUGAACAUGAAGGACCUACAAAAAACUCUGUCUUGACCACCAGCGCACGCCAGGAACGCGUUCACAGGAAAGAACACUAAUGUUUUAUUAUUUUUUUAUUUUGAUGAUUGCUAUAAUUUAAUAGAAUAUUUCAAAGUAUUCUCCGUGAUGGGUAUGAAGCCCACUUAUUGAUGGUAAAUCAUUAAAGGAUGAGUUCUAUGGAAAAUAAACUUCCGUUCCUAAACCCUAGAGU